AUGAAUAAGAACGGUGGAGAAAGCUCUGGUGGAGAUAGGAUUAGCAGUUUGCCUCGUGAUCUUCUUCAGAAGAUAUUAGGAUGCUUGCCUUUACAUGAUGCCGAAUUAUCACUUGCAUUUCUUACAUGCUGUCGCCUCCCUUCUCACCUAUUCAAAUUUCAGGAUCUAAAGCACCUGGAACUUAAUAGUUGUGAAUUCAACCCUCCUCCCAACUUUAAAGGUUUUCGAAGUCUUGUUACCCUUAACUUUCAAUUUGUAACCUUCGAGCCCAUGUCAUUUCAAGUCCUCCUUUCAAGUAGCCCAUUACUUGAGCAUGUAUCGAUGGUUUGCUGUAGUGAGUUUGAUAGCUUCAUUAUUGAGGCCCCCAAUCUAAAAAUCUUCAAAUUCAGCAGCACAGCAAAUUCCCUUUGCUUUAGAAGAAUCCCUCUGCUUGAGGAAAUUGUAUUGGGCAUGCCUUUUAACAUGUCAGAGUCCUUUACGGUACCAGAGCCUCAGUUAACACUACACAACAUCAAAAUUUUGAAUUUCAAGAAUUUGAUCUUUUCUGAGGUUGAGUGGGUUGCAUAUGUUCUUGACUUGAUCAACCGCUGCCCCAACAUAGAAAGGCUCCUAAUUACGUCGUAUGCCUACACAUCGUGUGCAUGUGAGUGUACACAUCCCUUGCGAUCCCAAGAAAUGACAAUGACCCAUAGUGCAAUGAAGCGGCUCAAAAGUGUGGAUAUGACCCUCAUGUGGGUUAAUAAAACUGAAAUGGAAUUCUUGAACCAUGUAUUGGCAUAUGCAACUGCACUUGAGAAAAUAUACAUUGCAACUUCGGCAGAAAUCCGUCAUAGGGGAAUGAAAAUGAUGGAGGAGAUGAAGCGAUUCCCUCGAGCAUCACCUAAUGUAGAAUUUAUAUAUCAUUCAUGA